CCCCUGCUCGAUUGCGAACAAGUUGAAUUACUUUGAUUGAAUUUUUGGCAGCGUGAUCGAACUUACUCGACCAUACCCGGCACAGAUCUCUGGUUCACAAUAGAGCAGAUUUUGAGAGUCUAGCACAGCUAGUUGGUCGAUAACGAUUACAUAUUAUGAGCUAUCACUGGCAGUGCUUGCAAGCAUAACCAUGCAAGAUUAACUUCUGCAGACUAGUGUUCAUACCGGCUCGAUUCAGCGGACUAUUGGAUGUUCAGACGUGCAUCAGUCAUCGAGUCGAAGCUUUACCUUUUUUACACUCAUCCAGCAAAAGUUGACUUUGUAACAGCUGCCAAAUGUUUUGUUAUCGAUCACAUAGACUAACAAAUUUUGUUUAUUAUUGAUAGAAAUGAACCAAACUUUCUGCGCGUUUUUAUUAUUAAUAGUUUUGCCAGCGAUUCAUGGUGAUUUCGAAAACUCAAUGCUUGACGAGCACAAUCAUUAUAGGGCGAAACACAAUACUCCUAAAUUGACGUUGAAUGCUAAUCUCAGCUCAGGCUGUAAUUCGUUUGCUAAAGAACUUGCGGAAAAGAAUAAGCUUGCCCAUUCAAAAGGCCAUUAUGGGGAGAAUGUAUGUAUGACAACUUCUAAUCCGGUAACAUGUGUGAAAAUGUGGUACGACGAAAUCAAGGACUAUGAUUUCAGGAAUCCUAAAUUUUCACUACUCUCUGGCCACUUUACUCAAGUGGUUUGGAAAAGCUCCAAAGAGUUGGGUGUUGGCAAGGCCAAGAGCUCACAAGGAGCAACCUACGUGGUAGCUAGAUAUACGCCGGCCGGAAAUGUCGAUGGAAAGUUUAAGGAAAACGUGCUGCCCUUAAGUGGCACGAAGCUCGAAUGCUCCUACUUUAUAUUGUUAUUGAUAACGAUCUUAUUCUUAUUCAAAUAAUAUUGAAUUAUCGAUGGUGCUUAAAAUUUCCUGCCGAUCAGAUCAAUUCGAAUUUUGAAUGUUAUAUGUUUUGUGGUUCUAAUAUUAUUCACUUCAAAUACACAUACACCUAGCCCUCGCUAAA